GGGGAGGAAAGCAAUAACAACUAUCUUAUUUCAACCUCCCAAAUGAAGUAAAGACAAGGGUACUAGCUCUUAUCUAAAGCAAUCUCAUUCUCCACGUUCUCCAUGCCUCCUCACAUGGUAAGGCCAUGGAUGAGAUGAAAUCCAUUAGCAAAAUCGCGGGGCCCACAGCCCUAACGGGCCUCAUCCUCUACUCAAGGGCCAUGAUCUCAAUGCUCUUUGUGGGCUACAUCGGCGAAUUGGAGCUGGCGGCCGCCUCCCUCUCGAUCGGCUUCGCAAACAUCACAGGCUAUUCCAUUAUCACUGGCUUGUCCAUGGGAAUGGAACCCAUAUGUGGCCAAGCUUUUGGAGCCAAGAGAUUGAAACUUUUGGGUGUUACACUCCAAAGAACACUACUCAUACUCUUCCUCUCAUGUCUUCCCCUUAGCCUUCUAUGGCUAGCCAUGGAGAAAUUGCUACUUUGGUGUGGACAAGAUCCAAGGGUCACUUCGAUGGCAUCGACGUACAUUACAUUUUCUAUUCCGGACCUUUUUGCGCAAGCGGUUUUUCACCCACUCAGAGUCUAUUUAAGGGCACAAAGCAUUACACUGCCAUUAAUGAUUUGCGCUUUUAUGGCUUUGAUUCUUCAGGUACCCAUAAAUUUUCUACUAGUGGUUCACAUGGACAUGGGCAUCAAGGGGGCUGCAUUGGCAUCUGUUUGGACUAAUUUCAACUUGGUUUUCUUCUUGCUUGUGUACAUGUGCUCGUGGGGGCCGUAUAAGAAAACGUUACGCAUGUUUUCACCAGAGUGCCUUAGAGGGUGGCAGACAUUGUUGCGCCUGGCUAUCCCAAGUUGUUUUUCAGUGUGUUUGGAAUGGUGGUGGUAUGAAUUCAUGAUACUCUUAUGUGGGCUUCUCCCGAAUCCCAGGCCCAAGGUUGCGGCCAUGGGUGCGUUGAUCCAAACGACGUCUCUCCUCUACAUAAUACCAACCUCCAUUAGCUUAGGAGCCUCUACGCGCAUCGGGAAUGAGCUCGGUGCAAACAUGCCUCAAAAGGCCAGAAAGGUCAUGAUCGUCGCACUCUGGGCCUCAUCCUUGUUGGGUUUUCUUUCAAUGGUGUUCGCGAUUGGGGUCCGCUCAGUUUGGGGGAAGAUGUUCAGCCAUGAUCAGGAAACUCUCGAUCUAACGUGUGCGGUUUUGCCGAUCAUCGGCCUAUGCGAGAUCUUCAAUUGCCCACAGACAACAGGUUGUGGCAUACUUAGAGGAUGUGCUAGGCCCAGCUUAGUAGCUAAUGUAAACUUCAUUUCAUUUUAUCUGUUGGGAAUGCCUGUGGCUGUUGUAUUGGGCUUUUAUCUUGGACUUGGGUUUUUGGGCCUGUGGCUGGGCUUGCUAGUUGCUGAGGUCUGUUGUUUGUUUUCUAUGGUGUAUGUGCUGUUUCAAACGGAUUGGAUUGUAGAAGCUAGGAGAGCUUGCAAGUUGACUGGCGCUUGUGAUGGUGGGCCUUUAAUUCUUCAUUAUGAAACAGAUCAGAAGGCUAGUGAGUGCUAGCCAGGUGUGUCCAAAACAUAUGGUUAGAUGUUGGUUAUUUGCAGUGUCAUGGUCCACACAAGUGGUGGACACGUGUCGAUUUUCUAGUGGUGAUUGGGGCCUUGUGGAUUUUGAGAUUGGAGGGAGAUUUUCUGUCAUACGUAUGUUGUCUUGAUUCAAAACUUCUUUGUAUUAUAUAUGACUUUCCGUUUUGGGGUUGUCUAGUUAGUCAGUUUUCAGAGUCAGUGUAUGUCAUUGGGCAUGUACGGUGAGAAAUCCAGCCGUCGGUGUAA